CUAUUAGGAGAAGCCCUUUUAAAGCAAAACCAAAAAAUGUUAAAGAUGAUGUCGAAAUAAAUGGAUAUAAAAGAGUCAUUAAUAAAGAUCAAUUCUACCAAUUACAUAUAGUGUGCGAUAAUUUUGUCAUAGACUGUAUUAUCGACCGAAGACUGAAGAGAAAAUGCAAAAAGUCAGUGACAGAAUUCCAAGAAUGCACAGCAGAAAUUUCAGAGUGGAGACAAACACAAUCAGCUGUUCAUGAACAAGUCAAUGAAAAGUUUCUACAUUUUGUGAAGUUGCGAAAGUCAUUUUUAUGUCAAUACUUUUUCAAUCACACUUCAUUCAACGAAAUUGAAAAUUGCAUCUUAGUAAAUGCGUUGUAUUUCACUAUGAAGAAUGAUGAUGCAGACACAGCUAGAUUCAUCGGAUGGCAAAUUGCCAGAAACUUUCUCAAAUCAUUGAAUGUACACGUAUAUGAUAUUUGGCUAGCGUCUUUAUGCAGUUGUUCAAGAAUACAAAAGACAGAUUUCUCAUGGUUUUGUUCCAGAAGUGUCAAUAUUUUCAUUAUGGUACCUCAUCUCAUAAAAGAGGUUGUGAAUAACUUUUCUGGUUUACAAAUCAGACAGAUUUUAUAUCGUUGUGAAACUUUUAACGAAGCACAUGCUAUUUCCAAGGAAAAAACAAAACGGUUAGAAAGGGAUCUAAAUAUUCAGUGCCACGUUCCAGGUCCAUUGGCAGAAAAGCUUUUCAAUAACCAUAGAAAACUUGCUCUUGUUUGCUCAUCUGAAAUAAAAUCCACAAAUUUUCCAACAACGCCAACGUUUUAUAACUGUUCUUGUAUUCAAUUGUUUUGCUAUGUAAAGGGUGCGAUUCCAAUUGGCGAAAAGCAUUUCCCUGGUGAAUUACAGGGAAUACCAACUGAUGUCAUCGAAGGAUUUCCUAGGUUCUCAUCAAAGCAUAUUCGAAUAGGGGAUUCCGUUACAAAUACAAAAAUGAAAGGUACAUUAGGAGGUUUUUGUCGUUUUUAUGGAAGAGAUGCGUUUCUUACAUGUGCUCAUACAAUGAUUGACUGGGAUACACUGCGUUCAGUAGAACUACAACACCAUAUGCAGCAGGAAAGUGUUCAUUUAUACACUGGUGAUAAUAUAUUGGACCCGACAUUGCUUUGUGGAAGGAUUGUAAAUCACAGUUUUGCAUAUGACAACCCACGAGAAACAAGCACGGAUGUAGCCCUUGUAGACAUUUGCAAUGGUUUUUCUAUAUCCGAGGAUGACUAUGUCAGAGCAACAGGAAUUGGACCAAUCAAUUAUGCAGCAUUUGGAUUGAAAUCUCGCUAUUUACAUAAUGGUUACAUACAGUCACUACAUAAAUUACCUGGACAGAACGUCCAAGUUGUUUGUGCAGGUGCAGUUUCAGGUUUGAACAGUUCGGUAGGCUCAAUAUCAACGGUACCUAGAAGGAUUUUGGAAAAGGAAGACUUACAGUCUGCGUCAAUCAAUCUUGAAACUCGCUUCAGCGAGAUUUUUCAGGCUCAAGUAACUAAUCCCGUCCAUAUGCAAGCACUACUACCUACUAUUAUCCAUGAUUCCCGUAAAGAAGAAGCAGAGUCGGAUAGAACAGUGUGUUUUUAUAACCAAGUUGCUGUACACAACAUACCAUUCGAACAAGGAGAUUCGGGUGCUUGCGUUUAUAUAACAAAUGGAUUCGAGGAGACCGGAUGUCUUGGAAUGGCAAUAGCUGAUUUUCCUGGAGGUGGAUGCAUAGUUACUCCUAUGGUUAAAUUGUUACAAAAGCUAGAUUUAAUCAAAUCAUCAUUUUGA